CCGCCCCAGCUCCGGGUCCCUACGCCUGACCCCUGACCCUCGCCCCGGAAGUCGAGGUGACUCGGAAGUUCCGGCUCGGUCGCUAGGAAACGGGUCGGCCCGACGUGCGGGGCGGGGCUUCUCGCCCGGGGUCCGCGAGUUGGGGGAGGCAGGUGAGGCAGGUGAGGUCGCGGGGGCGGUGUCGAGCCCGGGGCGGGCCCGGGCCCGGGGACCCUGCGAGCGCCGGGGGUCCCCCGCCACACUCGAGCGCCCGCUAACCUGAUACCCUCACGGAGGACCCACCGCCGCCGCCCCGCACACAGCACUCCCAAGUACCUGGGCCCCCACUGGUACGCAGGGACGCUGCGGUCAUAGACACCCCCGCCGCCACCACACACACGUACACCGACCCUCUCCCCACACCUAUAGACCCUCCCAGGCCAAUGCCCCCUAUGUAGGUUGGACCCCCCAAGAACAGAGGGACCCGCGUAGGGACCCUGCGGGCACACGGGCCUCUGCACACACCCACCUCCACAAGGACGAGGGACUCUACAGGCACAUGGGGUCCACACACGCUUACCUCCCUCCGCACCAAUGGGGACCCACCACGGGGACCCCUACGCGCUUAGGGGACCCUACAUUCACACCACCUCCACAUGCCUGUUACCCAGGCACACGCCAACGUCCACCCACACGCGUAAGAGACGCCCCGUGCACUUGCGAAGCCCUCACACACCGGCCCCACACGCAGACAGGGGACCCCGCCUCCGCUGAUCCCCCACGCACACAAUUCCACCAGCAUCGGGACCCUCCCCCACAGACCCGCGCCCUGUUCAGGACCCCACACGAACACCGGGAGUCCUCCGCCCAGCAGGCACCUGCUAGUACUACACAGGACAGGGGGCCCUGGAUGCACGCACUGACACCCUCAAAGCAGCCCCCCGCCCCCCCCCCCCCCCCAAACACUGCAGAUCUUUGCCCCAGUCCCCCAUCAGACUCCACUGAAGUCCCCUCACCCCCUUAGGCCCUGCCCUGUGGUCAGCCAUGUGUCCGAGCCAGGUCCCCUGUCCAACUGUCCAAGGCUUCCCCCUUCCCCCCCCCCUUCCCUCCCUCUUCCUGCCGGUCUCUGCUCACCUUCCUCCGUGUCCCUCUUGCCACAUGACCCCGUUUUCUGGGUCAGUUUCACUAAUUCCUUCCCCGAACACUGUGAGACACCAGCAGCGCAAGUGGCACGCACACGGGCCUGGGGUCACACCAGGGCCCAUGCCGUGCUACGGAAAAUGAGCAGCAAGAAGGGGGGUGCCAAAGCUGCACCAUCAGGGAAGCGGCAGACAUCCGUCCCUGGAGCCAGGCCGGGAGCCCCGAGAGCCGUUGCCGGGAAGCCGGGAGCGCACCGCCAGCCGCCAGGGCAGAGGGAGACCGGCCCGCAGGCCGAGGCCCCCGCAGGGCCCGCCGCGGAGGAUGGAGCGGCCACGAUCAUCCAGUGUGCGUUCCGGCAGCUCCUGGCCCGAAGGGCCCUGGCCCGCCGCCGGCAGGAGCACCGCAACUACCUGCAGCGCGUUGAACGGCUGGAGAGGGAGGCCUUCGUGGCCCUGGUGCGGAGGGAGCAGGAGGCGGCGCGGAGGCGGCGGGAGGCGGAGGAGGCGGCCGAGCAGCGGCGGCAGGAGGAUCGACAGCGCGGGGCGCGGCUGCGGGAGGCGGCCUUCGCCGGGGACCUGGGAGAGAUCAAGGCGGUCCUGCGGGAGGUGGACGAGCUGCUGACUCGCGAGGGCGUGGGCCACGACGAGGCGGGGUUGGCGCUGCGGCGGCGGGGGCGCGUGGCCCUGGUGGAGAGCGAGGACCGCGGCGGGAACACGCCGCUGUCGGAGGCGGCGGCCGGCGGGCAGACCCUGGCCAUCCGGCUGCUGGCCGAGCAGGGCGCCAGCCCCAACAGCAAGGGCGCCUACGGCCGGACGCCGCUGUACCGGGCGGCCUUCGGGGGGCACCUGGAGGCUGUGGAGGCGCUUCUGGAGCUCGGAGCGGACCCCCGGGUGUACGCAGAAGACGGUAGCACCCCCGAGCAGGUGGCCUCCCUGGACGCCGUGGUUAGUGUGCUGAGGUCCUGGGACCUAGGCCUCACUGAGGCCAUGCUGCAGAGCAUGGAGGCCGAGCGGCAGCGCCGGGCCCGGGAGGCGGAGCGACAGGAGGAGGCACAGGCCAAGCGCCUGAAGUCUGGAGUGCAGCAGCUGGCUGAGGAAGGGCGGCGGCGCCACAGAGAGGCCAGCCUCCCCCGGGCCCUCCCGCCCAGCUGCAGCAGGCCUACUGUGAGCUCAACCGGAGGAUCACGGAGCACAAGUGUGAAGGGAGGCGCCUGGGCCGCACUGAGCUCACGCUGCAGGCCAUCAAGGACGCGGAGGCCCAAGUGGACAGGCUACGUCUGGAGGCCCGGAAGGCGGAGGAGACGCUGGCCGUGGCCAGGCUGGAGCUGCGGAAGCAGACCCAGGAGGGUGGGCGGGGCUGGGGGGCGGGGCCCACUCCUGGGCGAGUGGGGGGUGGGGGCUUUGGGUCCUCCUGCCUCGCGGCCACCAUCCUGCGACCCCGCAGGGGAGGAGGAGGAGGAGGCGGCGGCAGCGGCGGCGCCGGGGCUGAAAUGCCAGGUCACUGAGCUGCACGACGUACUGAUGAAGGAUGUGGGCGACCGCAUCCGCGUGGAUGGCAGGUGGCCUCUUGUCAUCGACCCUUCGGGCCAGGCAGCCACCUUCCUGCGCUACCAGGACACCAACUACGUGGACGCGGUGAACCCGGACCACUUGCGGCCGGAGAGGAUCCGGCUGGCGCUGCUGGGGGCGCUCAGGUACGGGAAGCCGCUGGUGUUCGACCUGUGCGACGUGGACCUGUUCCCCGCGGUGCGGCAGCAGCUGGAGGCGGUGCAGCCCGGCCUGGCGCAGGAGCUGCUGGGCCGCGGGCUCCUGGAGCGGGAGCGGUACCUGUCGCUGGUGCGGCCCGCCGACGGCCCCGAGUACGGCCCCGCCGGGUUCCAGGAGGCGCGCCUGCGGCACUUCCGCCUCCUCUUCGUCACCAGGGCUCAGCGGCCGUCGGAGGAGCAGCUGCGGGUGCUGCUCCCCGUGCGCGUGCAGCUGCCCCGCGGGGGCCUCUAGCGCCCGGCCCAAUAAAGUCGGCCCCGGGAUGCGGGGC